CUGAAAAUAGAAAAAUCUUAAAUGAGGAAGAGGUUGAGAAGUGUCUCAUAAACCUUUUGGAAACUGAUAAUGAUGGAGUUAAAGUUGCUGCCUCCCAAGCAAUUUCUGCCAUGUGUGAGAAUGCAGCUAGCAAAUGUGCAUUUCAACCCCAGGGGAUUCCCCAGCUAGUGCAGUUGCUAAGCAGUGACAAUGAAGAGGUAAAAGAAGCUGCAGUGAGAGCAUUAGCUAAUUUGACAGUAGACAGUCCUAGCAAUGCAAGUGCUGUUGCUGAGGCUGAAGGAAUUGAGCCAUUACUAAAUACCUUGAACAUGCAGAGGGAUGGAGCCAUUGUUAAUGGUGCCACGGUGCUAACAAAUCUGGCCAUGCAAAAUCCAUUCCGCAUAAACAUCCAGAGUUGUGGGAUUAUGAAUGCACUUCCAGCACUGUUGCAGUCAACCAACAGCCAAGUGCAAAGCAAAGCAGCAUUUGCUGUGGCUGUGUUUGGUUGUGAUGCUGAUGCGAGAACUGAGUUAAGAAAUGCAGGUGGACUGGGACCACUCAUUGAAUUGCUGCAUUCUAAGAAUGAAGAGGUCAGAAGAAAUGUCUGUUGGGCCAUUAUGGUCUGUGCUAGUGAUGAACCAACCGCUGCUGAACUAUGCAGGCUAGGUGCUUCAAACGUCCUAGAAGAAAUUAAUCUGUCAACAGGGCGUAAAAAUACCUUUAGUGAAGCUGCUCUGGAAAAGCUACUUGAUAACAAUCUUUCCCAAAAGUACAGCCAGAUGGGGUAUUUAUCAUCAAGUAACAUCAUUACUGAUGGAUUCUAUGAUUGCGGUCAG